AUGAUCAGCAACAUAUUCAAAAAACAAAAUCAGAACCUGUUUUCGGAAGAAAAUAGAGUUGUCUGCGAAGCAUUCGCCAAAUCCGAAAGUUUCAAAUUCAAUACUCAACUAAUCUAUGACCGAAGUGAAAGUGUUCUUUCAGAAUUCCUCCAAAUUGCUCACGCAAAUCCUCUUUCACUUUCACUUAAAAACGUCUUUGAAGAGUUAGACGUUGACGGAGAUGGAUACAUAACCAGAUCUGAAUUGCGUACUGCUUUUCAACGAAUGGGUCAUUCACUUUCUGAUCAAGACAUUAAGGCUAUUUACAAACAUGUUGAUGCUAAUAACGAUGGAAAAAUCAACUUCCAAGGUAUGUGCUUGUCAGAUUAUGGAUUUACUUUGAACGCAACUCUUUCCGUGCUCUGUUCUGAUAUUGAGAUCAAAACUUCAAGCGAAAGAGUUCAUUCCAAGCUAACAUACUGA